AUGCCCCUUCUCCCGUCCACCAUCAACCUGGACACAUCCCUAGAGCAGCAGGCCCUUCAGUUGUCCUCCAAUCUUCUCGGUGGGUCUGGAGCAAGUGCUGACCUUGCAAAAGCGGAGGCCAAGGUGGUGGCCGCUGCCCGGGGUGAGAAAAGACAGCACGAAGAGCAAGGUGAUUCUGGUAAGAAAAAACCACGUGCCAAGGCCAAAGCGAAGGCCAAUGCCAAAACCAAGGUAACCCAACCUGCCUCGGCCCAGUCGGGGGAACCUGGGGGACCUGAACCUGCUGAUGCUAAGACUGAUGAUGCUGUGGGUGGUGUGGCACCUAGCGGUGAAGGUGGGGAUGACAAACCUGUGCCGGAGCGCAAGACCCGAAAACCGACUGAUACAGAGGUCAUGAAGAAUGCUCGGUCUGAGAAGGACAGGGUCAUAGACGAUAUACCCCCUAUAUGUUUCUCAAAAAUGUUUUGGGCAUCAUCAAAUUGGGAUGGGAAGUUGAACCAACAUGAGAGGUCCUAA